UUUAACAAUAGUAUCGUAUAAUUAUUUUUCUAAAUAAAUAGUAAAUUUUCUAUUCUUUAAUAUCUAUAAAAACUUUAUUUUUCUUUUCAUUUUGAAAAAUACAAUGAAAUUUAAGUAAAUAAUUAUUUAAAAAUUAUAGUAAACACAUUCUCAUAUAUGUAUAUAUUUAUGUAUAUAUAUAUAUAUAUAUGUUUUCUAGUAUGUGAAUUUUAUGAAGAACAGCUGUUGAACCAAAUAUGGCUGCUAUAAGGAAUGGUUUGUUGAUAUGUUCAAAUUUUCUUUCAAGUAAUGCAAAUUUUAUAGCCUAUAAUUUUCAACAAAUACGUAAUAACAAUAUUGGUCGCUGGAUGAUUCGUGAUAAUAAACGAAGAAAAUUGAUAGAAAAAUAUGCACCUGAUCGAUUACGAUUAGUAGCUAUGAAAAGGAAUGAUAUUUUACCAACUGAAUUACGGGAAAUUGUUAGUAAAGAAAUAAAUGAAAAAAUUCCUCGUCAAACUGCUUUAAGACAAAUAACAUCACGUUGUAUAUUAACUUCUCGUGCACGUGGUAAUGUUCUGAGAUGGAGAAUAUCACGAAUUAUGUUUCGACAUUUGGCAGAUUAUAAUAAACUAUCUGGUGUACAACGCGCAAUUUGGUAGAAAAGUAAAACUUUAUGUUAGUACUUUCAUAGAAUAAUUAUGAAAUAAAUACAAAAUAUUUUCAUUAUAGUAAAAUAAAAGAUUGUUAAAUAAAUAUAAUGUAAAAGUAAAAAAA